UUUCAGGGGAAUGUGUGUAAAAGGAUUCGUGAUGUUAAUCAACUCUGUGUGUGGAUUAUCACAUGAUCUCCUCAAGCAACAACGAUACUUCCUGACAUACAAGUGCAGCCAAGAUCACUUGGAGUUAUUCUUUAAUGCCAUCAGACGUGCAGGAGGCUGGAAUAACAAUCCAACUGCCAGCAUCUUCUCCUCUGUGUUCCAGAAGAUCAUUGCACAUUGCGGUGCUUUGCAGGUCUCGAUGCAUGGGAACUGCGUACCGAUCGACGAGACAACCAUGGUCAAGGCAUCACUAUCAACUUACAUGCCACCUGAUACACCAGACUCUAGCGAGCAGGAUGAUCUGCCAGAUCCAUUCAUGAGCUGUUUCCAAGUGAAGACAAAUUCCCCAAGCUGUAUGCAGCCUGUACACCAUGCAAAGGAAGAACAACCGAGAAUUCAACAAAGGCAGAUGUCACAGACAUUUUGCCACAAACAGAGUCUCAUCUGCUCCAAGCUGUAA